AUGACUUCAGAAACGGCUGCUCGCGGGGAUUGGAAGGUAAUUGAGAGUUCGAUGAAUAUUCCUGAACAACAUUCUGGGGAAAUUAAGAGCUGGAUUGUCAACUCGUUGGCCACUUUUCGCAAAUAUUUGUAUGGAGAGGAGCAAGUGGAGGCUCCAGCUGUGGAUGCAGAGUUUGCUGGCCGGUCCGCUAUCGUUCAACAUUUGAAACAACUUAUGACGGUUAGGUAUAAGGAAGGCUAACUGAAGGCGCUGAUGACGGUGGUUUUCUGUUUCCUCUAUACAUUCCCUCAAUGAAUUCUUUACGUUUUGCUUUCUAUUGCUCACUCUUAAUUGAAGUCAUGUUCUUCUCAAUUCUCUUGAUAUCUUGUUUUCUCGAUCGCUUUUUGCUCACACUUAUUUCCGCAUUUCCUCUCUUAUCUGUUCUCACUUUCCCUCUUCCUGAUUCUAUUUAAGACUAACCAGGGUUUGUUCGUCUUCAGUUCCUCUUUCCUUUGCACUAACAGCUCUCUGCCUGCAACAAACAAGAUUUUAGAAACAAUGGGAUUUCUCACAACUGCGCUCAAAUGCGUUACAAUCGUUCCUGCCGUUACCGAAGUAGUCGAAGGCACAUUGAACGCUAUCGAGCGAAUGCGAUCGGUAAGAGAAAACAUACUUUGAUUAGUGAACUUGAUUCAUGUGUUUCAGAAUGCGCCAAAGGCUAGAAAUGACGCAUUGAAGAAGUGCAAGGAGGAGAAUGAGAGGGCGCAUGCGAAAGCAGCGGAGGAAUUGAAUACAAGUUCGUUUCGAGUGCAGCAAUGAGUAAAGUCUAAAACUAUCUCACUGAUUAACUAACUUCAGUGUACAAAACCUUCGAGGAUGAGGCAAACAAAAGCGAGAACGCCGCUGAGAAACGGUUCCAGCAGCAAAAAGCUGAAAAUGAAAAGGCUUUGGAGUAGGCUUGCCCUCCUCCUGCUUCCAGUUUACAAACAAGUUUUGUUAAGGAAAUUGACAAAGCAGAUGAAAGAUGACGAAGAUGCGUACGAUGAGAAUGUGAAGAAAAUGAAUGAAGCCCACGAUCGAAAAAUGCAAGAGCUCCGAUCGGAUUCGAAAGAAGCCAGAGAAAAAGCGGAACGGGAGCACAGAGGAAACAUGGAUAAGCUCGAAAGAGAGCACAAAGAGGAGAAGAACAAGGCGCAGGCUAAGUUGGACAAUACCAAGAAAGAAGGAGAGCUGAAGAUUGAGAAAGCCGAAAAGGAGAAGGAGGCGGUUCAUGAGGAUCGGAUGAAGGCGCUGACAGUUUAUAAAGAGGAGAUGGCCAAGUUGAUGGAACUGAAUGAGAAGCAACUGAAGGCAAUUCGUGAUGAGACUAUGCAGAUGAAGAAGGAUAAUAUUGCGGAGAGAAGGUGAAUUCACAAUACUCUUUGAGAUCCUCAUGAUUUCCUUUCAGACAGCAUCUCAAGUUGGAGCACGAAGAAACGAUCAAACAAAUUCGGGAGCGAACUGAAGAUCUGCUUCAGCAUAUUCGUGUGGAACACUCUAAGGAUGUCAUCCGAAUGUUUCAAUCUAUUUCGGAACCGCUUAUUGAGACUCAUAAGUCGUUGAUGACCGUUCAACAACUUGUUAGUACCUCAAGAUAAUCGAACUUUACAUUAUGUAUUCAGUGUCACGUGAAUGACGAAUCAACCCUGUCCAUCCCUAUCGGAACGCUUGACCCAGAUGUUUCGUUGAUUCGGCAGCAUAAGAGCAUUUACCAGAACCGUGUUACUCGUUAUCGGCAGUACGUGCUUCACUGUCAUCAGGCUCAUCCGGAAAUUCGGCAUCAUUGUGCGGUAAGUUCAGUGGGAUAGAUCUUCGUUUGUACCAGACUUUUCGGUUUCUAACUUGCCGAAUCAAUCCGCACCCUUUCACAGGAAUUCAUAAAAAAAAUGGACAAGGUGAUGAAUAGCAUGGAGUUGAACGCAAUGUGCACAACCCUCUUGCCAGCCAUUGACAACGACGACAAGCCGAAAAUCGUCAAAUUUGGAAAGGCGGCUUUUCAGUUGAAUGCCGACAUUUCGCAGACCAGAGCAAUUCUGGACGAAGGGUUAAAUCGAAUCACUGAAGAACAUCUUGCGAUGCAACCUGCCACCAACCCGAAUCAGUUAAGUAGACAAUGA